UCAGUCAGCCUGAUCGAGCGAGGGAACCCGUCGCGGAGCCUGGAGCAGGUCUGCCGCUGGGCUCACUCGCAGCAGCGCUCCGACCCGCAGCACGCCGAGUACCACGACCAUGCUGUCUUCCUCACCAGGCAAGAUUUUGGUCCCGCAGGCUAUGCACCGGUGACGGGGAUGUGCCACCCGCUCCGCAGCUGCACCCUCAACCAUGAAGAUGGCUUCUCCUCAGCCUUCGUUGUUGCCCACGAGACUGGCCAUGUGUUAGGCAUGGAGCACGACGGCCAGGGCAACCGCUGUGCUGAUGAGACCAGCAUGGGGAGCAUCAUGGCACCACUGGUCCAGGCUGCCUUCCACCGCUACCACUGGUCCCGCUGCAGCAAGCAGGAGCUCAACCGCUACAUCCACUCCUACGACUGCCUCCUGGAUGACCCCUUUGAGCACCAGUGGCCCACCUUACCCGAGCUGCCAGGCAUUAACUACUCCAUGGACGAGCAGUGCCGCUUUGACUUCGGCGUGGGCUACAAGACGUGCACGGCGUUCCGCACCUUCGACCCCUGCAAGCAGCUGUGGUGCAGCCACCCGGACAACCCCUACUUCUGCAAGACCAAGAAGGGGCCACCCUUGGAUGGGACCGAGUGCUCUCCAGGCAAGUGGUGCUUCAAGGGUCACUGCAUCUGGAAGACGUCGGAGCAGCCGUACAGCCAGGACGGCAGCUGGAGCUCCUGGUCCAAGUUCGGCUCGUGCUCCAGGACCUGCGGGGGAGGCGUACGCUCGCGCAGCCGCAGCUGCGACAACCCCCCCCCGGCGUACGGUGGGCGCCACUGCCCGGGGUCCACCUACGAGUACCAGGUGUGCAACGCCGAGGAGUGCCCGGGGCCCUACCAGGACUUCCGUGCCCAGCAGUGCUCCAAACGUAACUCCUACUACACCCACCAGCACAGCAAGCAUGCCUGGCUUCCCUACGAGCAUCACGACGAUGCGCAGAAGUGUGAGCUGAUCUGCCAGUCUGAGGGCACGGGGGACGUGGUCUUCAUGAAUCAAGUUGUUCAUGAUGGUACCCGGUGCAGCUACCGAGACCCCUACAGCAUCUGUGUCCGGGGAGAGUGCGUGCAUGUUGGCUGUGACAAGGAGGUUGGCUCCCUGAAGCAGGACGACAAGUGUGGGGUCUGUGGGGGGGACAACUCUCACUGCCGGACGGUGAAGGGUACACUGGCCAAGACCCCCAAGCAGCCAGCUGGUGUUCUGAAGAUGUUUGAGAUUCCAGCUGGAGCGAGGCAUCUCCAGAUAGAAGAGAUGGAGCCGGCAUCCCACAGCAUUGCUGUUAAGAAUCAAGCCACGGGUAACUUCAUCCUUAACAUCAAGGGUAAAGAAGCCAAAAGCCAAGUGUUCAUUGAGAUGGGCUUGGAGUGGGAAUACACCAUUGAACAUGGCAAGGAGAGCCUGAAAACCAGCGGUCCUCUGCACGAGGCCAUCAGUGUUUUG